AAGUAGCAUAUGAUACUUUAGCUCAAUUAUUUAAUGAUCAAUUUUGGAUGACAAAGUUUUUUGAUCAUCAUCAAAGAACAUUUGUAUUAACAUAUGAAAGACCUUCAAAUCCUUUAAAAGAAUCCGAUCCUUUAAAAGAACCUGAUCCUUUAGAAGAACCUGAUCCUUUAGAUGAAUCCGAUCCUUUAGAAAGGUCUGAUUUUUUACAAAAUUCUACAAUAGAAUCACAAAACAAAAAAAUUUUUAAUAAGCAAAAAAAACUUGUUCAAGUUGUUGUUUCUUGA